ACUGUGGGGGAACGAUUAUCCGAUUUGAUCGGUGACAACCGAGAGGUCCCGUUAGUUGUAAACGCAGAGUGGAUAGGUUGACGUUUGUUUGCUAUUUACAGUGUUAGAUUGUGCAUUAUUCUACUUUUAUUAUCAGGGUGACAUCUGUGUGGAGGGAUAGGCUACAGUAUGUUUAUUUUAUUUGGAUGAACCGAGCAGACAGCAAGUUCCAAGAAUUGGAUCGCCGAGGAGCUGAACCUGCCGCCUGCGAGCCUAUGAUCCGGUAUAUUUAUCAGUCUAUGAAGCCUACUGUAUGAAAUUCAAGUAUGUCAGGAAAACAUUUUAAAGGCCAUGAAGUCAGUUGCUGCAUCAAAUAUUUUAUUUUUGGAUUUAACAUAAUAUUUUGGUUGCUGGGUGUGGCCUUCCUUGGAAUCGGACUAUGGGCAUGGAAUGAGAAGGGUGUUCUCUCCAACAUCUCGUCCAUCACAGACCUGGGGGGCUUUGACCCUGUCUGGCUCUUCCUGGUGACGGGAGGGGUCAUGUUUAUCCUGGGCUUCGCCGGCUGCAUCGGAGCGCUGAGGGAAAACACCUUACUGCUCAAGUUUUUCUCUGUAUUCCUGGGGAUCAUCUUCUUCCUGGAGCUGACGGCUGGAGUGUUGGCCUUUGUCUUUAAGGACUGGAUCAAGGACCAGCUCAACUUCUUCAUCAACAAUAACAUCCGGGCGUACCGUGAUGACAUCGACCUCCAGAACCUCAUAGACUUCACACAGGAAUAUUGGGAGUGUUGCGGCGCAUUCGGAGCGGACGACUGGAACCUCAACAUUUACUUCAACUGCACGGACACCAACCCCAGUCGGGAGAAAUGUGGCGUCCCCUUUUCCUGCUGCACCAAGGAUCCUGCGGAGGAUGUGAUAAACACGCAGUGUGGCUAUGACGUACGAGCCAAAACGGACGCAGAGCAGAAGACCUACAUCCAUGUGAAAGGCUGUGUGCCACAGUUUGAGAAGUGGCUACAGGACAACCUGACAGUGGUGGCUGGGAUCUUCAUAGGAGUUGCACUGUUACAGAUAUUUGGAAUAUGUUUGGCACAAAACUUAGUGAGUGACAUUGAAGCUGUGAGAGCAAGCUGGGUGCCCCCGCCCUUUCUCUCCAUGCGCCGACCCCCGCCUCACUCUGGAAAGAAAGGGUCUGCGUACUACGCGUGAGGAACAUGCUCGCGAGCGUGUGUAUGUACUUUAGCCGUUUGUUUACCUGAUGUCACGGUUUACCUGUCUUCACCCAGGAAUGCACAGGUCUCUUCAGCAUGGCUACGCCAUUCUCGGCACAUAAGAAAAUGCUCAAAGCCUGCUACCACUGGGAAAGAUUCCUGAGAGCACCUGCACCAUGGUGACCUGCACAUUCUGAUCCUUUUUAAAGAUGGGUUUAGGGUUGCAAAUUUCCAGUAACUUUCCAAAAAUUCCCAGGUUUUUCAGAAAUCCCAGGUGGCAGUUUUCUGGAAAACCUGGGAAUUUGGGGAAAAUGACCCUGUUUUGCAUCUCCAUUGUUCCAUGGGAUUCCAUCCAUGUGACAAACACUUUGUGUAGAAAUGUACAGAAAAUAAUGACCCCAAAAAACUUGGGGGAAAGUUGCUUGUAAAUGCACUGCAUGCCUGUCCCACAUAGGGUGGCCACAUUUAAAACACCCAAAUGCGAGACUACAGGAUGAUAUUGCAGGAUAGUGUAGCCUACAUUAAUAAAAACAUUUGGCAGCCCCCCCCACUGGAAUUUAGACUGAACUGAAAGGAUUUUUACAAAUGUGAUUGGUUGAUGAUAUGACAUUGCCUACGUCUCGUCUGGCGCUGGGCAAAAUAUCAGAUCUCAACAACGAUUGGAGAAGAGUUUAACAUCACCAGUAUUCUUAGACUACCACAUCCUAAUGAUAUAUCUUUUUUUCAUAAGCGCAUAUUAGUGGUGCUUUGUUUUGUUGAUAAAAUGCGGGACAUGAUUGUUUCGUUGCAGGACGCGGUACAAAAGGGGGAAAAAUGUGGGACUGUCACACGAUCCGGGACAUGUGGUCAACAUACUGGUCACAGUAGCAUGGAUUCUGGUUUUGUUUCAUUAAAAUGUGCAAAAGUU